ACUUUUUUACUAGCUGAGCGGACUCGUUGUCCCCACUCGACCACUCUCGCUUUACCGACCGAGUUACGACUCGUCCCUCCCCAACACCAUAUCAUCAUCAUCAUGAUCGAUAUCACAUAAAAUCUCGACGCCCCUUUCUCUCUUCUCCUCAUUAUGGGUUUGAUGUUCUUAAAGCCCAACCCACUCGCCUUAUAUAGGGCUUUCAGCUCUGAAUACGCUUCGCUAAGAUUUUGAGCCUGGUAAUGGCGGAGCCGACGAUGAACUCGCCGUCCGAGACGAUUCCCGGAACCCCGGGAAUCAAGGAGGUUAGGUCCGAAACUGUGUCCGAGUCUUUUAACUUUUUUCCGGGUUCGGGUCCGGGUCUUGGAGAAUGUGAAAUUCAAGGAAUAAGGAGGGUGAAUAUGAGAGCAGAGAUUGACACUUCUCCGCCUUUCGGGUCGGUCAAGGAGGCGGUGACCCGUUUCGGUGGGCACGGACCUUGGAUUCCUUAUAAUGAUAACGAAGAAUUUGACUUGAAGAAAGUGGAGGAACAAGCAGCAGAGCUGGAGAAGGAUCUGAUAGUAAAAGAACUUGAAACACUCGAUGUCCUUGAAGAACUAACGACAACAAAAAGGAUUGUGGAAGAAUUAAAACGACAGCUCCAGCAAGAAGCUUUGAAAUGUCUGGCAGCUCAGUCAGACAAAAAUUCAGAUGAGCAAGUAAAAGAAAUGAAUAACAAGAACCAUGUAAAUGUAGCUAACAAGCAUGAUCAUCAAAUUAUGGGAAAUUUGAGUCCUUGUUCAACUUCUCCAGAUUUGAUCCUUAUGGAGUUGAAGCGUGCAAAACUCAACCUUGGUAAAACUAUAAAUGAUCUUGGAGUGAUUCAAAACUCUGUUGAAACUUUAAAUAAGAAAAUGAGAAAAGAGAAAGAGUUGAUUGAAAAAACCAGAGAGAAGCUAACGUCAAAGUUUGCAGGGGUGUUGUCACUGGAGGACGAGCUGGAAAACACAAGGGUCAAGCCACAAAUGGCAGUACUGGACGAUGGAGAGACUAAUAGAGGUUUCGAGAACUCAAAAUUUGAUUCAAGAGAGGAUCAGUGCUUCAUAAAAAUGGAUGUGCCUGCGAACUCCGAAUUUCCAAGAGCAAUGCCAAGUAAUGAACAGUCGAUGAGGACUGCUGAAAUGAGGUUGGUUGCAGCUAAAAAGAUGAGGGAAGCAGCAAAGGCAGCUGAAGCUGUUGCUUUUGCCGAGAUCAAAGCACUGACUAACAGCGAAAACCCACCUCAGUUUCUCUUUCCUGAGCCUGAUCACAAAAUGAGUUUCAACUUCCAAGUUCAAUCUCCCCUCAACUACAAACCUCAUGAAGCUGUUGACUGGUCCAAGAAGAAACUUGCUGAUGCCAUGCUUCAUAUUGAUGAAGCUCAUACUUCUAAGCUGGCUAUACUGAGGAAGUUAAAGGAAGCAACAGACGAAAUUAAGUACAGCAAGCAAGCCUUGGAAGAGGCUUUGAGCAGAGUAGAACUUGCCAACAUGAAGCAACACGCUGCGGAAGAGGCCUUCCAUAGAUGGACUGUUCCUGAUCAUGAUAGGAAGAGGCCGGCCACUGCCGCUUACAGUCCUUUUUCGCCAAGAAUAAACAUCUUUCACCCUCCUGACCAUCACAGGGGCUCCCCUCUAAAUGAUGUUCACAGGGAAGUUUUAAUGAACAACUGUCCAAAGCCUGUUUUGAAGCCCACAAUUUCAAUGCGAGAUGUGCUUAGGAAAAAGCAAAACGUGUCUGAAGAUUACGUUGGAAGAAAAGAACCUCCUCAUCCUCAUCAUCAUGAGAGUGGCCAUGGACACACUGGUCAAACUCACAAAGUGGCUUUGAGCGAAAUGCUUCAAGCUUUAAGAGAUGAUUUGAGAUUUUCUCCUAAAGCUGAGAAAGAGGUAAAUGAUCGCCAGGUUCAUCAGAAGCAACAGUUAUUAACUCAGAGAAAGAAGUUUGGGUUCAUUCAGAUUUCGCUUCCCUUGAGUAAGCCAAGCAAGAAAAAAACGCAGCCUACGAAUUAACAUAUUUGGCUACCAAGAUUGUCUCUCUUGUUUGUCUUGUUACGUAUUGUGUUAUGGUGUCUUUUUUCUUAUUAUUAUUAUUAUUAUUAUUAUUAUUAUUAUUAUUAUUUUACUUUGUUAGCGUUAGUAUAUACGAUGGUUUACUGACUAUAUAUAAUGUAAAGGGUGUUCAUGUGAUUUGAUUGAUUUGUAUUGUGAAAUGAAGACUGUAAUGAAUGUUGCUAUUGUUGUUACUCAAAUGGGAUUGCAGUGAAAUAAACUCUCUGCUUAAGUAUUGUUAUGUC